AACCCGCAAAGUGCAGUGAGUCUGAAGUCUGAAAUAUCGAAAAGAAGCAGUGAUUGUUGAUAGUCGAGAAACCAUGGCAACGCAGGGCGAUUUCAGAAGCCUGCUAGGAUUAAUGCUGUCAGUUUUGUUCGUGGUGCAUUCGGUUAGGGCAGUGGAAGAGCUCAAAUGUGAACUGAUCACGGUUUCCGCUUGCCAGAAUCUGGUGUACAACAUGACGGUGGCUUCGGCACCGAUUGCAACGACCAAUGGGUCGGGAAAUUCAACCGGAUCCGGUGAAUCCAAUGGUGAACCCGGUGCAAUCCGGUCGCAACUCGAUGCAGAGCUUUUGAUUACUUCCCUGCGGCCGGUGAUCGAUUCGGGUUGCUCGAAGCAGGCCCUGUUCCUGUUCUGCUCGUCGCUGUUCCCGCUCUGCUCGGCCAAUGCACCCCGGCCGGUACAACCGUGCCGGUCGCUGUGCGAACAGGUUCGCAAGGACUGCUUCAGCGAUGCCAUCUUCAGCAAACUGUGGCCGGCGUACCUGGACUGUCGGACGUUACCGCAGCCGGAAAACCACGGACUCUGCAUGCAGGUCCCUCCGGAAGCCUCCGGAAGCGUUGAGAAGAACCUCAGCAACCCAACCGUCACUGCCGCCGUCCCCCUCAAGCCCUGGUCCAUUUUCAACCUCCCGCAGCAUCCAGCGAUGCAUCCCAACUCCAUUAUGGAACCGGGUGCCACCCGGCCCCCAACCAACCAUCACCACUCUCCGCCGGUCACCUGCCCCACCAACUACAGCCUCGAAUACGACCAAUGCGUUCCGAAGUGCGGUUCCUCCAUCGAUGCCAUGUACAAUGCCCGCCAGAAGGAGACCAUCGAGUUCUGGACCCUGAUGCUGUCGGCAGGGUGCUUCAUCUUCACGCUCAUGUCCCUGGUCACCUUCUGGACCAAGGCCACCAAGUUCGAGUACCCCGACCGGCCACUGCUGUUCAUGACGCUCUGCUACAACCUGAUGGGUCUCUGCUACCUUGAACGGACCAUCCUGCACAACCCACGCAAGGAACUAAUCGAUUUGCUAGAAUUCCGUCAGGAAUGCAACAUAACCUCCCAAUGUCUGGCGUACUACAUCAUCAAAAACUACCUGCUCAUCAGCGCCACUACAUGGUGGCUGAUCUUCGGCGUUUGCUGGUACCUCAGCACCGCCAAACAAUGGUCCUGCGAAGCCCUGGAGAAAAAAUCCGGUCUGUUCCACGUGAUGGCGUGGGUCGUUCCAUUCGCCUCGCCCAUCAGUGCCCUGCUCCGUGGCAACAUCCAAAAGUUUGAACUCACCAACUUCUGCACCGCCAAAGGAUUCACCGAAAUCCCUGCUCUGAUCCUACUGCUCGCAGGAGCCACCCUGAUCUUCCUGGCUCUGGUCGCUCUGAAACGCCUCAAAUCCACUUGGAACCAGAGCGAAACCCUCUCCAAAGUAUUCACCAGAGUUCUGCUCUUCGCCAUCAUCUACCUCAUCCCCGCACUCUCGGCCAUCAUCUGUACCUUCUUCGAACGCAUCGAAAACCCCAUCGAACCGUGCACCUCCGGCACCAACUGCCCAACUCCCAGAAAAUUCUCCAUUCUGCCAACGCUCCUGAAGCUGAUCCUCACCCUAGUCGGAGGAUCGACCACAGGCAUCUGGCUGUGGACCAAGCACACCAGUGAUCUGAGCAAAAAGGUCAGCGGAGCAAAUUCGGCCAACGGAUCGCUGAAAUCCGUUCCGCUGCUCAAGGUGAAUCACCCCUCGGCAGGCAGUGGUAGCCCGUAUCGAAGCACAACUACCGCCAGCAGCGGUAGUACCCAUCCGAGUUCCGGAUCGAAAAAGUACCUCUACAAUCAGGCAUACAGCAGUAGCCACCGGAGUGGUGCAUCCAAUGGCACCAGCGGAUACAUGCCGGUGCGGAUACACCGGAGUCUCCGGGGGAUGUCGUCGGCGGCGUCAUCCGGUGGACGGGGGCCAACGUCGUCGAUUAUUACGAGGAUUUGAAGCUGACAAGGGGUGCGUGACAGCCAGCUUUAACAAACGGGAUCGGAAUAGCAAACACAAAUAAAGCAUACACAUUUUAAACGCUGUGAUAUAGAAAUUCUAGGUUAGGAAUAUGCUUAAUAUUGACU